UUCCCCCUUCUUUCUUAUCCUGCCAAGUUUUUUUGAAAUAACUCCGAUGCCUUUUUCUUACUUCACCUCACUCCCUCGCCCAAAAAGAAUGAGCAGUUUGUCCAUAUUAGCGUCAUUUUGAACAAACAAAGCGUUUUAAAUCCCAUUUUCUUCCCCCACCCUUUCUCUCUCACACAGACACACAGUGACACAACAUACAAUGCCUAUAUCACACUCUUCCUCCUCCUCCUCUUUAUAAAUAGCAAUAUCUUCCGUAAACAGCCUAAUUAAAUCUUGAAAAAUGGCAUCGUCUUUCUCUUUACUCUUUCUUGCUUUACUACUUGUAUUUCUCUGUCCUCAUGCUCUUUCUCUUUCUUUGUCCAAUAAUGAGGAUGCGAUUUUUCUAUCUUCAGCUAAAUUCCCUGUACCAAUGGCUGAAAAACUCAUCAAACAGCUUAAUUUGUUCCCUAAACAUGAUAUCAACAAGGGGAAAUCCGUAGCUGCUACUGAACAAACUCUCUUUGAGAAGAGAUUCAAUUUAUCUUACCUUGGUGAUUCUGGAGCCUCUGUUCAAGAUUUGGGUCAUCAUGCCGGUUAUUAUCGUCUUCCACAUACUAAAGAUGCAAGGAUGUUUUAUUUCUUUUUUGAAUCAAGAAGUAGCCAGAAUGAUCCAGUUGUUAUAUGGCUAACAGGAGGGCCAGGAUGUAGCAGUGAAUUGGCUGUGUUUUAUGAAAAUGGUCCUUUCAAUAUAGCAGACAAUAUGUCACUUGUCUGGAAUGAUUUUGGCUGGGACAAGGUCUCAAAUUUAUUAUACGUUGAUCAACCAACUGGAACUGGUUUCAGUUAUACUUCAGAUGAUGAUGACAUUCGUCACGAUGAAAGGGGUGUUAGCAAUGACCUUUAUGACUUCUUGCAGGCCUUUUUCAAGACACAUCCUCAGUAUGUAAAGAAUGAUUUUUACAUCACUGGAGAAUCAUAUGCUGGACAUUAUAUUCCUGCAUUUGCUUCGCGUGUUCAUCAAGGUAACAAGAAUAAAGAAGGAAUUCCUAUAAAUCUUAAGGGAUUUGCCAUUGGUAAUGGACUUACUAAUCCAGAAAUUCAGUACAAAGCCUACACUGACUAUGCAUUGGAUAUGGGAUUGAUCAAACAAUCUGAUUACAAUGUCAUAGACAAGUCAUAUCCAAAAUGUCAACAAGCAAUUAAGCUUUGUGGAACUGAUGGUGGAAGUGCUUGCAUGGCUGCAUAUCUUGUAUGCACAAGCAUCUUCAACAAGAUAAUGAAUAUUGUUGGUAACAAAAAUUACUAUGAUGUCAGAAAGACUUGUGAUGGUGAUCUCUGCUAUGACUUCUCCAACAUGGAAAAUCUCCUCAAUGAUGAGCAGGUUAAACAUGCCCUUGGUGUUGGGAAUAUCGAAUUUGUCUCGUGUAGUUCUACUGUUUACCAGGCAAUGCAGUUGGAUUGGAUGAGGAAUCUUGAAGCUGGUAUUCCUCCACUCCUUGAGGAUGGAAUCAAGCUACUUGUCUACGCCGGGGAAUAUGAUCUUAUCUGCAACUGGCUAGGGAACUCUAGAUGGGUGCAUGCAAUGGAAUGGUCUGGGCAGAAAGAUUUUGGGGCAGCACGAUCCGUUCCUUUUACACUAGAUGGUGAAGAGAAAGGAAUUCAAAAGAACCAUGGGCCUCUAACUUUCCUUAGGGUCCAUGAUGCAGGUCACAUGGUUCCAAUGGAUCAACCUAAGGCAGCACUUGAAAUGCUCCAGAGGUGGAUGCAAGGGAAAUUGUCUAAGGAAGGUCACUUUGCUCAUAUGUAACUUCUUCAACUUAUGAGCCACAAUACCAAGGCACAAUAAUAGAUUUACAAGUUCAUAUGCACUAUCAGGAAAAAUGUGAUACAAAUCAUGUAAAUAUGCUUUCACCAUUUCAUGUCUAUUUUGAGGAGAAUGGUGUUCUGUCUGAGGUUACACUAAGGAUUAAAAUGUUGAACCGCAUCAACUCUUGAAAAGAACUUAUAUGUAACAAGUACUCAUGGUGAGAGAUGGAUAUGUUUAUCAUGCAACAAUACUUUAUAAAAUCUUGAAUUGUUUUUCCAA